AUGCUUUUCCAGCAGCAAAGGAAGCGAAAACCGGGUGGUGGCAGGCCAAAAGGAACUUUUGGCAGUGCAGUGUUGAGGCAAGUUUGUAGGGAAGCUGCAGCAGGGGACAGCACCAUCCAACCAAGGCAGCCAGCGCCAGGGAGCAGCAUAGAAUACGCCAGAAAAAUUCUACAAGAAAAAAGAAAACGCAGGGAAGAUGAACUGGCUCUCUUGUCUGCCGCUACAGGAACACCAUCAAACAUCCCCAAGCAUGAGCAUGAUGCGUUGAGGGAGUAUGGUGAUUUUAUCAGCACUCAUACAGUGGGUUCAGAGCUGCAGGCUAAACUUUUUCAAGCAGUUGGCACUGCCCGCUCACAGAAUAUCUGCACUGAUGAUGCCGUAGUUGACAAUGCUUUGAACGGUAGCAUGCAAACCAUGAGCUUCAGAGCCCUACAGUCCAUCACAAAAGAGAGCAAUCUUGGAAGGAGAUUGGUUGCCAUAGCGAGAGCUGUGCUGGAAGCAGGUUUCUAUCUAUGGGCAUUGUUCUUUGUUUUGAUCAUGAAGAUGUGCAACACAGACAAUGCAGCUGGCGGCGACUCACGCUUCAAGCUUCUUCUCUGCUGUGUGGUUCUCAGGUAUGAUGAGACUCCUACCCGGGUCAGAGUUGAUGAAAGCAAUGACUUGAACUGCUUGGACUCAGACCUCUUGCAGGAGCCAUCAUCCACUUCCGCUACACACGCCAAAAUUUUGCAGGUUGAACAAGGUUUUGGUGUGCUUCUGGUAGAUUCUUCAACAGGCACUUACUCCUUUGUGAAAGGGCAGGUGCCAACUGGUUUAUUUGCCCUGAAGUCUACUGAUGGCAAGACAACAUCCAAAGCGCUCUUGCGUGUGCUGAAAUCCAUCAAUGGUUUGAAGGACAUUGGCAGAAAGUGCAAAUUUCGAGUCAGGCACUCUUGCACUGAUCAAGCAAAGAGCAACUACAGUGCAGAGCGUUUGGUGACAGCUCAGUUCCCUGACUGGCUUUUACAUCACACACCUUGUGAUGUUCAUCGCUUGUACCGCUGCACCCGCACGGCAAUGUGUGGUUUGGACCAUGAUGUUUCUGGUAUGUUGAGCUUUGCGUUGGCACUGGGUGCUCCUGGAAGCGCCGCUUCAUUGCGGAACAAACUGUCGCAAAUCAUUGCUCGAAGGCUUGUUGUUUACCAUUCUGCUCCAGAAGUUCACGCUGAUUCUGAUCGGUACCGGAGACAGCUCUAUGACUUGUUUCUUCCUAUAGAUCAUGUGGAACCCAAAAUUCGGAAGAGGAACAAAAAGAGACGCUUCAUCCUGUCCUACUACCUCAAUGGACGGUUGGAUCAAUGUGAACUGCAACACUGGUGUGCAUUCAAUUGCUGCAGCAGUUUUGAGCAGACAUUGCAGCGGGUCAGUUCUGUGGUUGCUUGGGCACUUGUGCCCACAAAGCCACCUCUUUUCGCAAGAAGCAGGUGGACCAAAUGGGACCAAUCUCUCGAUUAUGUGGGGCUUCUUUGUGGUGUUCACAGGCUUCUGCCAGAGCUGGUUGCAGAGUUUCUGGGCCCUGAGAAAACCAAGGCCAAGGCUGAGACACAUCAUCCCGAUGUACAGCCUGAACAUGGACCCACUGAUGAGGAUGGAGAAAAACAGCUCGAAGAUUUGUUUGAGUCUUCGAAAUCGAAAGCACAGCCUUUGCAAAAUGCACAGCCACAGCAGCAAGAUGCAGAGCCACAGCAAGAAGAUGCACCAAUACAAGAGGGCGAAGGGGCUGAAGCAGCUGAAGCCACUGAAGCGGCUGAAGUCAAUCAGAUGAAGGGAAAGUUUGACUGGCAAGAGUUCAAUCGCCAGCAGAAAAUUCUGACCAGGAAAUGGGCACAAUCAAACCCUUUCAAUCGGUUGUCCUUGAUGAAAGAGUGUGCUGAACCAUUGCUGCACCUGAUGUACAAGUACUUGCUAUACAGCGGAAAUGGAUGGGAGAAAAGACAGCAACUGCUAUCUGCAAGAGGACGUCGCCGGGCAUAUGUGAUUUCCGAAAAAGCAUAUGGACACGAUGCUGAAACCUGCAUUCAAGAGCUACGACGCUUGCUCUCUCGUCACCCCAAAGUUCUGCUUCAGGAUCAGUCUCAGCCAGAGGCUCUUGCACUUCUGAGGUUCAGGGCUCUUUCCAGUGCAUUGUGUUCUUUGCAUGCUCUGCUCCGCUUGCCACAUCAGAAUUUUCCUUCCAAGCUCUUCAAGCUCUUGCUUUCAGAUGAUUAUGCUGAGGAAAUUCUUGCAGAGCCUUCUUGCAAACGGGAUGCAUUGGCGACCCUUUUUCUCAGUGUCUAUGCAACUUGGACAAAACGUGACUACGGUAACUACUGUUUUGGCACACAAACCCUUCCAGAACUGAACUGCAAGCUACAGUAA